AUGGUUAUUAGGGGAAGGGAUUACAAGGAACAAGUAGAAAGUACGUUGGAGAAUGUACUAGGGCUGUACAAUAUUAAUAAGGGGAACUUGACCAAUGAACUUAUAAAGAACUACUGUUACGCAUGUGGAAGAAUGGGGAUUCGGCACCCAGCUAACCGUGAGCGUUGUCAUUUUUUAUACUAUUUGAUAGGUAGUACUGUAGGGGGAAAAUUAAGUGAUAAUCGAUUUUCGAACGUUAUGGGGAAAAUUUAUCAAAUACUGGGAAGAUUCCCUGAACUAUGUGAGUGUACCAAUAUAUAUCCUGAUAUUAGCUGGGAUAUUUUCCAACAGAGAAAAAAAGUAUUCGACUGCUGUUACAACUAUGAUACAAUAAAAAAGCAAUUGGAACUUCCUAGGUCUCAAUGUGAUUCGAAAUAUAACGGCUACCUGCAGAAAGCUCUUUCAGCAUAUGAAGCUAUACGGGACAAUUACUGCGGUGAUAAUAGAUUUAAGAGUAGUUCAUACUGCAUGAAAUUUAGGAACGACUAUGAAAGCAAGAAUCCACAAGUACUUCUAAAUUUAGAGAAAGGUUGCACCCCCACGCCAAAGAAACCUUCUGCUGGGGAUGACUUCGACCUUGGCGACGCCGUCGUUUCUGAAGGUAAGUGA